GUGUGUGUGUUGGCCUCCCUGAGUCAUUCCCCGGCGCUCCUCUCCUUCCAAUUGACUUCGGGUUCAGCGGCUUGACCGCUCCCCUCCUCGCUAAAAGAUGAAGUCCACAGCACUCCGCUUGGUCGUGUUCGCUGUCCUGUUUGUUCUUGCGACGGCCUGGACUAAGGAAGACUAUGAAAUCUUCUCCCUCCGCGAUGAAGUUGCCGCGACAGAGGGUACAAACAUAACAUUUUACGAUUUCCUCGGUGUCCAACCCAAUGCGAACCAGGACGACAUCAACAAAGCAUAUCGUAAGAAAUCUCGCCUCUUACACCCGGACAAAGUCAAGCGAUCCUUCAUCGCCAAUGCUUCCAAGGAUAAAUCCCGAGCCAAAAACAAGCAGCCGGGCGUCCACGUCAACCAGGGCCCGAGCAAGCGUGAGAUUGACGCUGCUGUGAAGAAGGCUCAUGACCGUGCUUCCCGCUUGAAUACCGUUGCGAAUAUCCUUCGUGGGCCGGGCCGGGAGCGUUAUGACUACUUCUUGAAAAAUGGCUUCCCCAAGUGGAAGGGUACCGGUUAUUACUAUUCGCGCUUUCGUCCGGGGCUAGGAUCCGUCUUGACUGGCCUGUUUUUGGCUUUUGGAGGUGGUGCCCAUUAUGCUGCAUUGAUCCUUGGUUGGAAACGCCAGCGCGAGUUCGUUGAUCGGUAUAUUCGUCAGGCGAGGAGGGCUGCCUGGGGAGAUGAGCUAGGGGUUCGUGGUAUCCCAGGCGUGGAUUCUGCCGAUGCUACCGCGGCGGCCCCAGGUCCAACACCCGAAGCGGAAGCGAGUGCAAUGCCUAUAAAUCGUCGCCAGAAACGCAUGAUGGAGAAGGAGAAUCGCAAGGAAACCAAAAAAGGAAACCGGGCAAGUUCCCGAAACUCUGGUACCGCGACCCCGACAGGCGAGACCGUGGAGCCAUCCGGAGAGAGGAAAAGGGUGAUCGCGGAGAAUGGCAAGGUCCUGAUCGUUGAUUCCGUUGGCAAGGUGUUCUUGGAGGAGGAAACGGAAGACGGUGAGCGGCAGGAAUUCCUACUUGAUAUUGAUGAAAUACAGCGCCCUACGGUGCGCGACACGAUGCUGUUCCGGGUACCCAUCUGGUUUUAUCAUAAAACUGCUGGCAGAUUGCUCGGACCUUCCAGCGCCGUAGAUGGCGAGAUCGUCGAUGAGGAGCCGUCCGAGGUACUGGAACAGACUGUUGAGCAAGCUAAUGACUCUGCCGUGGCACCUAAAAGUCGAGUAUCGAGAAGACGAGGAAAACGCUCUCAGAAGUCUUGACGUGACUGAUAUAGAAAGCAUCCCGUUUUCUGUAUGACUAAUUAUCUUUUAAAUUUGGAUCCUCGAUGCUUGUCUUCAAGGAGUCAUCAUUCCUAACAUGUAUAAAUGAAAGUCCAGUACUCUAGGUAUGAAACUACAUACCAUUGAGCCCCUCGCAAUCAA